UGGAGACCGACCUUGAAAUAUUUACACAACCCAGGACGACAAUUUCGUAAAUUCGAACCCAAGGAUCAAUUGGGCUUCAUCGGUAUACAGAGGAUAAGUAUGGACAGAGAGAACAGAGCCUCUUUCAUCGCCUUGAUUCCUGUGUCUUCAAAACUCCGGUGAUUCCGGAAUCUUGAUCUAUACUCAUCGGAGCUCUGACCCUCUACAUCGGAAGAUGGGUUUGUUCUCGAAUCAGUGAAGACAGGGAUGGGUGAAGAGAAGAGACGCAGAGAAAGGCAAGAAGAGCAAAGCUCGCCGGAGUCGUCCGCCGGAAAACCCAGUCUCGGGGAAGCAAUCGAGCUCAUAUGUUCGUUGAUUUCUCUUUCUCAUUCCAUCAAAGUGUUUGCGGUGAAAUGGCAAACGAUCCGAAACAAGCUGGACGAGCUGAAUUCCGGGCUAACCGCGGCGGAGAACUGCGAUUCCGGAGAGAAUCCAGUUCUUUCCACCGUUAUUUGGGCCAUAAUUGAUACAGUGAAUGAAUGCUACGAUCACGCUCGUCGAUGUGUCGACCUUUCUUACAGUGGAAAGCUCCUCAUGCAAAGCGACCUCGACGUACUAUUAGCGAAGUUCGAUGCUCACAUAAGGAAUCUAUCCGCAAUCUACCAAGCUGGAAUUUUAACUCAGCAGUUCGCAAUCGUGGUAUCGCGGCCAGGUUUGGGAGCGUGUCGCGAUGACAUGAGAUUCUAUGUGAGAGAUUUGCAAACCAGAAUGAAGAUUGGCGAUACAGAAAUGAAGAGACAAGCCUUGGUGGCUUUCAACGAGGUGGUGAAUGAGGACGACAAGUACGUGAAGAUAGUGGUGGAAAUUGGCGAUAUCAUAAGUCUCUUGGCAACUUUUCUUGACUCGCUGGAGAUGGAGAUUCAGGAAGAGUCCGCUAAGGCGAUUUCGGUGAUUGCCGGGUUCGAUAUGUACAAGAGUGCUUUGAUCGGCGCCGGGGUUAUUGCGCCUUUGAUUCGGGUUCUGGAGUGUGGAAGCGAGUUGGGGAAGGAGGGAGCGGCGAGGUGUCUGCAGAAGUUGACGGAGAAUUCAGACAAUGUUUGGUCUGUUUCUGCUCACGGUGGAGUCACGGCACUACUGAAAAUUUGUAGUAGUGGUAAUUAUAUAGGAGAAUUGGUCGGUUUGGCUUGUGGGGUUCUGAAAAAUCUUGCUGGAGUUGAAGAGAUAAAGAGGUUUAUGGUUGAAGAAGGAGCUAUCACAGCAUUCCUCAAACUUGCUCGAUCUAAGGAUGAGUCAGUCCAGAUAAACUCCAUAGAAUUCCUUCAAAGUAUAGUCUAUGGAGAUGAAUCAAUUCGACAAAUGGUGAUCAGAGAAGGUGGAAUUCGUGUGCUUGUACGCAUAUUAGACCCCGAUUCCUCAUUCUCAUCCAAAACCAGAGAACGAGCCUUGAGAGCCAUAGAAACCCUAUGUUUCUCUUCAUUAGGUACCAUUAACAUUUUGCUGAGUCAUGGGUUCAUGGAUCAACUUCUUUUCUUUCUCCGAAACGGCGAGGUCUUGGUUCAAGAAUUGGCCUUAAAAGUUUCAUUUCGCUUAUGCGGAUCAUCGGAGGAGGCCAAGAAAUCAAUGGGUGAGGCAGGGUUCAUUCCGGAGCUCAUCCGACUGCUCCACGCCAAAUCAUUUGAAAUCCGAGAAAUGGCAGCGGAGGCACUUUCAAGUAUGGUGUUAGUCUCGAGAAAUCGCCGGAAACUAGUACAGGAGGAUGGCAACAUUGGCAUGCUUCUACAGUUGUUGGAGUCAGAAGAGGGGAAUUCAGGUAACAGAAAGUUCUUACUCUCCAUACUGAUGUCCUUAACCAGUUGCAACAGUGGAAGAAAGAAGAUUGUAAAUUCUGGGUUCAUGAAAAACAUAGAGAAGCUCGCAGAAGCAGAUGUUUCAGACGCAAAAAGAAUCGUUAAGAAGUUGUCCACAAACAGACUCCGAGCCAUGCUCAGUGGAAUCUGGAAUUCUUGAAUGCUCUAUUGUUUUUACUGUAUAUCUAAUAAGUGUUUUUUCUCCGCAACUUUAUUAACUCCUUUCAUCAUCUCAAAUAUGUCACUCUCCCCUUUUUUUCCCCCUCUGCAAAUAUAGCUUUUUGUAACCCUUACUAGAGAUUCCAAUAAACAAGGUGUUAUUAA